UCACCGACCCCAGCCUGCCCUUCAGGCUCCAGCCCACGCUGACAGCCAGCCCAGCCACCUCAGCUGGUCAGAGUUCCUGGGUGAGGACAGUUGCUUUCCUCUCCAUCUCAGAGGCAGUCCCUUCACAAGAAGAUCUGAAAUACUUGAAGCGUAUCAGAGAAGCCAUUAUGUCCCUGUCCUCCAGCCUAAAGAGUCUCCUCACCGUCUGUGUCCUCGCUGCUUUCGUUGCCAGCACUGUGGAAGAGAGUUACAAAUGUGUACAAUGUGAUCAACAGUGUAACGAGGAGAAAACUUGUGAUUCCUCUCAUGGCUGCUUCAGCAAAAAGAGUGAAUUUAAUACGACAGGGCUGCAGCCCUAUACUAUCCUGCAGAAAGGCUGUUCUUCAAGCAAGUGUGAGCCACGGGCCUUCUCGGCGACACUGGGGGUUAACCACACAUAUGGGUAUGGGUAUCAAUGCUGCCAAGCUGAAAAGUGUAACAAAGCAGACUUCCAAGUGGCUCGGAAGUCCUCAGAUCCCAAUGGCAUUACCUGUCCUGCCUGCUACAAUGGGGAAGGUGCUACCUGCCAACCAACUGACCUCGCCUGUAAAGGGGAAGAGACAAAGUGUCUUAACUUUACAGGCACAGUUAAUGACGUCGUAUUAUUAUUUGGUAUGGGUUGUGCAACUGAAACUGCUUGCAACUUGAAGGAUGUGGAGACGAUAAAUUACAUAAAAAUCAGUACCUACUGUGUAGGCAGCAGUAAUGGAAGCCCUCAGCUGAUGUCCAUCAUCUCAUCAAUUCUGACUGCUCUCUUUCUGCUGAAAGUCUUGAUUUGAUCUCUGAGGCACUUCCAAGGCCAUCUACAAACAUUUCCAAGCACUUCUAUAAACCUGGAGAAGUUGGAGACCUUGAAUGUCUCCCUCCCCCAACACUGCCUACCCACAACAUCAGAGAAUUAAAAGGUUGAUACGUCCAGAA